GUUCGUAUAUUUAGCGCGUAGACACUGCAAUUUGAUUUAGUUUAAUAAGGGUUUCUAACUGUAUAAUUUAUUUCUAAACAAUUUAAUUUAAACGAGAAAUAUGACGUCGCGUAAAAGACAGCAAGAUAUUGAAAACAGAAAGACAGAUUAUGCAGCUCAAUCACCAGGGGAAUUAAAUGACGAAUCUGUGGAUGAUAUGUUGGCCAAUGUUGAUCAAUUCAUUCAAGGUGUGUAUCGUGAUUUAAGCAUCAGUCCUCCAAGACGACAUUCUUUAGAGAAUAACUUCAGAUUACGCAGAUCACUACAUCGUGAUUCAUCUGUUUCGCCGAUAAAUAUUUCUCCAGAUGAAGCUCCUGUGGUUUCUCCAACCACACGUCGCAACAUGGAUGCCGAGAUCGAAAGAAUUAAUCAGAUUUGUGACAAUGUUGAUCAGAAUUUACGCUCGAUUGGUCUAUAUAUGAACAAUUCUAGCGAUAGAAGCACAUCGGAAGAUAUACUGAAUUCAAAUUUGACAAGAUCACCACCAAGUACAUCUGCAUCAUAUGUUGUAUCUCAUAAUAGUCCACCACUUUCAACAAUAGGUCGUAAUGACAACUUACAGAUGGGUCAUCAAAGACGUAGAUCGUCUCCAAUAGGUUCAGUAAUUGAUAAUUUUAUUGACUUAUCAGAGUCACAAACGCCAGUAGUGCCUAGUCAACGAGUUCACCAAAAUAAUAUACACGUUGAUGAUGAAGACGAUGAUGUCAUUUUGGUAUCGGCUAAUAUUCAUCCCGUCGUAGAUUUAUGUACACCUGCUGGCUAUCAAGAAGAAUCCAAUCCAAGAACUUCAAUUAAUCAGAGAAAACUAAGUAGACGACGUUUGACUCAGCAAGAUGAAGAUGAAACCUGUUGCCAAGCAGGACCCACUUCAGCAAGAAAACGUCGCACUGAGUAUUUUACACCACCAGAACACAGCAAGAAACCAUCAGAGUCAUCAAAUGUCGCCACCUCACCAUCAGCAACAUCUGCUUCUGGUGGUACACCAUUUAUGUGUCCCAUUUGCAUGGAGUCUUGUUUACAACGCCAACCUACCUCGACUCGUUGUGGUCAUCUCUUUUGCAAAGAGUGUAUUGAAUGUGCCAUACGUUUGACCCAUAAGUGCCCCAUGUGUAAUUCGAAAAUAUCCAGAAACCAAAUAAUUCGUAUUUAUCUUUAAGUUUGUUUUUCGCAGCAUGAUGAUUUUCCAGCAGCAUUAUUUAGUUUCAUAGCCUACAUUUUAGUUUUUAUUAAAAACUUAAUUCCAUAUUAAUAACUUUUUAUUUAUUUUCAAUUAUUCCAUUAUUUAUUUCGUAUGCUAAUGGUAAUGCUAAUUUUAUAUUUUAGCAAUUAAGGGCCUCAUUUUAUAAAACGAAACAACAAACUUUAAAAAAAAUAAAUACAAUUUCCAUAUCUAUUCCUAGUAUUGUUAUAACAAAUUUUUUACUUUACAAAAUGUUUCCUUUUACAAAAUGCAGCCCUAGAAACUAUUUUAUAAGUUUGUUAUAGGCGUAUGUUUUUAAACUAUUUUUCUUUGUUAACUGAAUAAAUUUAACUAUGUUCAUAAA